GGCCCGCUAGACCGCGGCGCUGCCCUGCUGCCUGGCUCGCCUGCCCCUCAGUCUGUCUGGGACCAGUGUGGCGUGAGGAGGUAGCAGUGUACUUCGAUUCCAAGAUUAUUAAAAGUUUGAACAUUGAGUAAAUUAUAUGAAGAUCGAGUAUUAAUGGAGAGUCAGUCAAUGUUUUGCUUACAUUGGAAGUAUACGCGGUAGCCUCGGUAUACCAUGAUUGUAAAGUGUUGGAGGUGAUGGUGUCUGAUGACCGUAGGGUCAUAUAUGUGAACAAUGUAUCAAUAAGAUGAAUAACAAGAAUCAAGAGGCUCUUACUGCCCACUGUCGGGGCUAACGCUCCCUACCAUCUUGCAUCAGUCCGUCCUCUGCACACAACGCCGUCAAGAUGGUGACACGACCGGGCAAGCAGCGGGAACUGUCCUCCACUUACCAGAGCUUUGCCGAUACGGGACCAACCUACUCGUACCUGGAUUUAAGCCGCGCCCGCAGUGAUGAAUCGCUCAUGUGGACGGCGGGGGAGGAGGCGGCCGCCCUUGUGGCUGAGCUGCGAGCGUCCCUCGCCUCACCCCUAAUGCAGCCCGAGGAAGAGGAAGAGGAGGAGUACUUGGAGGAAGAGGAGCUAGAACCGUCUUUCUUAACACUUGGAAGGUCCACCCUAGGCAGAGCGUCUCUGGACAGGUCCUCCGUCGGCCGGUCAUCCUUGUACAGUACCGGCCGUUCGCACUCCUUCACCGAUCUGCAUUCAGCAGCUACAUCAGCCGAGGAUUUGCGUCUCAUCUGCUUCCAUCCGUCACGGCUCCCUUGCAGCACUCACUGCGCCUCCCCGCACUCCUCCUCCUCUUCCGCUUCUUCCACUGCAUCUUCACGCAGUGCCGCCUCCACCUGCAGCAGUGGCGCCAACUUCGUAACUGGAAGGGGAAGCGGCGGCAUCAGACGGACCAACAUCCGCACCUUCGGCAGUUGGCGCUCCCUGCUCAAACUGGGCGGCAUGGGCGGGCGGGGCAAGCCGGCGCCCACGGUGAAGAAGGUGUCGCCGCCAACCAUCCCCGACACAUCUGCCCUCACACACCGCCACUCCGGCUCCUCGUUCAGCUCAGGCGUGUACAGUGCCGGCGACCAGCGCUCCUCCUACUCCUCCUCCGUCAGCGAUGAAAACCCGCCGCCCUCCCCACACAGCCCCGCCAGAGUUGGUGGGAUCAGUAGCAGUGGAGGUACUUGUGACCAUGGCCAGCUGGGUCGCCUUGGUGCCACUACCAACGCCACCACCGCCACUGUCACGACCACCACCACCACAGAGGAAGGUGGGGGUGGAGGGGGUCAGUCCUUGGCCAGCAGUUCUCCAUCCCAUUAUCACAACCAACAGCAGUUUACCUUCCCUGCCACUCCUCACCAGCAGCAACAAAUGCCUCAGUUUGCCCACCUGAUGUGCUCCAAGACUUCACCCGGUUCCCCACAUCACCUGCCACCUGAUGGCACUUAUGCCUACCUCACUUACCAACACCAGACGUCACUUGAGGACCAGGGCAUUGAUGUACAGUCCCCAGGACGAUCCAGUCCAGGCUCUGGAAGUGGUUCUUCCACUACAGGCUCGACAGCUUCCUCAGGUGGCUGUCGUAACUCCACCACUUCCUUGGACUCUGGGCGGGCCUCUACCACAACCCACUCCCACCAACACAGACUUAGUGGGCAGAGUUAUGACAGCGGGUCCAUCCUACGACACAGCUACCACUCCUCCAGCUCCAGCCUGGGCUCCAUGGAGCACGACAACACCCCUCAUGUCAAUGUCUUGGAACUUCUUAAUAAUGGUGUCAGGGAUUCUGAGGUGCUACGAGCCUGGCUAACAGAUCUCCGCUUUGAAGAAUAUUACGAUAAGUUCAUGACAGCUGGUUAUGACAUGCCAACAAUUUCCCGGAUGACUCCAGAAGAUUUAAAUGCAAUUGGCAUCACAAAGCCUGCCCACCGCAAGAAACUUAAGGCUGAAAUAACCAGACUCAAUAUAUCUGAUGGACUACCUGACUUUAUCCCAGGUCGCUUAGAGGACUGGUUAUCUCUUCUGCGUCUUGAGGAAUACACGGCAUCGCUGAAACAGCAAAAAUAUGUUUCAGUAGAGCAAAUGACACAACUCACCUGGGAAGACUUGGAAGAUAUUGGGAUUACAAAGCUAGGCCACCAAAAAAAGGUGAUGUUGGCCAUUAAGCGCGUCAAAGACAUUAUGGCGGGAAAGAAGUUCAGUACCACUCAAGAUUCCCGACAACAGUCUGGGUAUGGAACGCAUGAAAUAAUGAUCCCUCGGGAGUCCUGUGAGGGUCGCGAUCAAUUCACUGGCGUCCCAGAAUUUAGGACGUUCUCUGGCUCUGGACAUUAUGGGAGCGGAGAGCAUAACAGACUGAGUGGUUUUACAGAAGCAGGACUUCAUUAUAGUGUUGCACCUCACUAUAAUUCAAACCUUCAGUAUGGCCCUAUGCCUCCUCCUCAAGCCCAUGUCCACCCAAUGCCACAGUUGCCUGGUCAGUUUCAUCAGCCCAGCCAAAUUAAUGCCCCUCAGGGUCCAUCUCCACCAGGGUCAAAACUUCUUAAUGGUCCCCCACAUCCUCUUCCUGGACCAGGCCAGGUCCAGUAUCGCCCAGAUGUUGUUGCUGUCCAAGUCAGGCCAGGUGGCAGAGGGAGGAGUAUUGAAAGUCUAGAAGAGCCAAUUUAUGGUACAUAUCAAACAUUCCACCCUGACACAAGGAUGCCACAUGGCCAAGGCCCCAUGUCGCUCAACAAUCUGCCACCACGACCAUUUCCUCCUUCAAAUUUAAAUUCAUCACAUCCACAGCGAUCUAUGGAUGAUGGUGACAUCACUCCCACUAAUGAGUAUGCAAAUAAUUAUGAAGGUGGAGGAACACUCCCCAGACCUCGCACUGCCAAUAAACUUAGACCUGUUGCUAAAGUUACUGCAAAAACUCGAGCAGAUAUCCAUGAAGUGCCACAAUUUAUUAAGGAUGGGAUGAACCUUAAAAAGACAACCAAAGGAGAAGAAAUUUGUAUGAAAGAACUAAACAUGAAGACCUUAAAUCGCCAGAAUUCAGAAAAGAAUUACAACUCAAAUCAAGGAGGCGGCAGCUCUAAUAAUACACCACAAGGAACACCGAAGAAGGUUCCACCACCACCUCCACGUCGCUCGAACUCAAUUAGUGAAAGUUCAAAAGAGACGGCAACUCAGGAUGGUCAGUAUGGGUAUCUGCGUAGAGGAUUAUCCUACGGGUACAUGGGAAUCAAGAAUAACUUGCAACCAGAUGUCACACCAGACUUGCCUCCUCCACCAGCUCCCCCUGACAGUGCUAACCACCAGCACCUGCCCGAUGACUUCCCUCCACCACCACCUCCACUGACAUGUGUCACAAUGGCCAGUUCUACUCGCAUAACAGCCAGUUCUACAAUCACUACUUCUUCAAUGACAAGUGAUUCUUUAGCAACAUCUCAAACCUGUACAACUUCGUCAGAUGACGACGCAUCUACAGGAUUUCUUCCGAGGCGAAAUGAUUCUAAUGCUAGCUUUAAGUCCACCUCCAGCACUGACUCUGAGUCAUUGCCAUUUGCAAAUGAAAAUGCUGGAACCAUCAAACAGCGAGCCUGCCGUCCCCAUCCAGGCUUGACUGUGUUAGACACUCGUAACUCCCCCCACUCUUCACCACGUUCUUCCCCAGCACUCCGUCGCAAAGAAGCUCAGCCUCCUCUUCGCCAGAACCCCAUUGCUACAAUUGAAACUUCUGUAGGACAGCUCUCAAAAUCAAACUCCAGUUCUCCAGAUGAAACCGGAGAUGUUCUGAAUGACAUUGGAAACAUGUUGGCCAAUCUAACGGAUGAACUGGAUGCCAUGCUGGAGCAAGAGGUUACGCUUAAGAACUGAGAAGCAAUAAGAAAAAAGUUAACUGUACGGAAAGUUAUUAGUUCCCAUUUGCUUACAGUGCUGACACAGUAUUGGGGGAUGUUUGACUAGCUACAUUAUAAAAUGGUAUUAGUAUAGAGCUUGGAAGUUUUAAGGAACUAUUCAUAAACAUUUUGAUCUAAAUCAAAGCAAUAUGUGAUCAACAUUGCUUCUACUUUACUAUUUACUGGAAAGCACCAUAUCUUGUGAAUAAUGCAUCAUGCAGUAAUGUUUUGCUUAGAUACUCAUGAUAACAAAAUCUGAUGUAAUUUUCCUGGAAAAAUAUGGCAUAGCAAAAACAUAAAGUACUGAUACACACACACACACACACACACACACACACACACACACACACACACACACACACACUAAACCCUCAGUUAUCUGCAUUAAUUCAGCUAAAGCCUUUGCAUAUUAAUGAAAAAUCUGGUUAAUCUGAAGAAAUUUUAUGACUGGCUCUCCCAGACAGAGAUUGGAGAUGUCUUUGAGCAAGUAGUUACAUUUGAACACCAGACAAUUGACUCUACACCUGUCCCUCCUUAUUUUCAGGGAGUAGGGGACAUGACCCCCAUGAAUAAAGAAUUUCCAUGAAUGUUUGGCGCCCCCCUCAAAUAAAAAAAAACACUCUAGAUCCACAAAACAAGACAGAGCAAUUUUACACAAACUGUGCCUAGUAAAGGAUUUCCAUUACCUAAAAGCAGCAUAAUAUAUCACAAAUAGCAUCAUUCAUCAGUUAUAGGUACUAUAAACUGUGCUUUAAUUUACUUGAAUUUCUUACAGAUACAUAGUCAUUAAAAUUACCCUUUAUUAAAGUUGGGUACUCACCAUGAAGUCUCUGCAAUUUUCUUUUUUAAAUUCAGGUUCUUAAGCAUGCAACUCAGUGAGACUUGGUCUUGGUCUUCAUUGGGCAUUUGGCUGACGCUGCCAUUUUGGCAAGACUUGUUGGCUCCGUUGCUGCUGAUACUGACAUUGCCCACCACGGAACUGCUGGUGGGAUUGCAGUGUUGCAUGGCAAAUGAUUUAAACAGCAUCCUGUAAGCACAUACAUACUUACAAUCAGGAGAUGCAUUUCUGAGUGUAUAAUACCCAUGUAAAAAUGUUUGGUUCAAUGAGGCGGUGGCUGAGUCGUCAGAGUAACGGCUCCGUGUUCAGGAGGACGCGAGUUCAAUCCCCGCCUGGUGCCACCAAGCUGGGAUUUUUCAGCCGCCGCUGAGUGGCUUAAAACCACCCACAUGCUGUCCAGAAGACCACCUAUCAACCCAGGCUCUAGAUUCUAGGAUCAAAGAUGAGCUCUGGGAGGGCACCACUAUAAACACUCGCCUGCGCCAGAACGGGCUGGGCCGACCAUCAGGACCCACUGGAAAGAAGCCUUGGACCGACCAUCAGGAUCCACCGGGAAGAAGCCUACCGGCGCAAUAGGCCACAAUGUAAAAAAAAAAGAAGAAAAAAAAAUUUCAUGAGGAAUUUUGGUAACAUACCCCAAGCAACUGGAACAUCCACUUAUUUGGUACCUCUGAAUACUUGCAGUUGCCAAUUACUAGGGAUUGUCCUGUAUUACCUGAUUGUUAUAGAAAGAAGCAUUCAUUAGUAAAUAGUAUGAUGUGCUUAAAUACCUGAAGUUAAUAAAGACACUGGCAAAAAGUUAGUGGUAAAUACCUUACAGUAAAGGGAAAUUUUAAUGACUACAUAUUUGUGAGAAGUUAAAGUAAAUUAUAGUACAGAUUAUACAGUUUGUAUAGCUGUUGAAUGAUGCUAUUUAUGUUUUAUGUUGCUUUAUGCAAGUAUAUAUUGUCCUUUCCUUAGGAGUGGCCAAAUCGUCCGCAGGCGGAUCUUGAAUGUUUGGAGUGGACCCAUGAAAAUUCCUUUGCAGCAGCCUUUGUGAAAUUUGGGGAAAAUAUGCAAAUAUGUGAAUCCACAAUUACGGGGGUACAGGUGUGCUCCCUUCUCCACGCUGCUGAAACAUGCCCUGCUCUUAUAUGCGGUUUCAUUGGCAUCUAAGGACCAAGAUCAAGGGAGUGUGUGUAUAACCAAUAUUCUGAUAUUUCUAUUACAUUGAUUGGUGUUGUAUAUCUAGUCCAUGAUAUAUUUUUAAGAUUUAAAAUUUCUUUUUAUGAUGUUUAAAAGGAAUUCAUUCCCAUGCUUUCAUUGAAAACUACAGACUCACUGCCUUCAUGCUGCCAGUGUCCAGUGUCAUGAUGUAACAGCAUAUGAGGCAGCCAACCCCUCACUCCCACUGCACUAAUCACAAAAUUCCUUUUGAAUUAGCCAGGCUACUCUUUUUCCUGAGUAUCAAGAAAACAUUUUUUCUCUUGUUCAUGCAUGCAGUGACUAUCAAAUUUAGAGGAGUUGCAAGGGUCUGCAGCUGGUGGGGUGGAGGUGUGUGGCAGCCUUCCCAUCAGCUGAAGUCACAGUGACUGCUUCUUGUCAUUGUAGCAUAAAUGUCAAUUUGAGUUAUCUCUACUGUUUACAACUGGCCAUGUAAGUCUUAUGAGCAGUAUUUUAUUUUAUACCUGAAAGUGAUUGAUGGAGCCAGUGGAUUUAGGCAUUAGUGUUGUAAAGCAGCAUCCUCUUCCUCUGGCUCCCCUUGGGUCUGGAUGUUUGGCAUGAUGAAGCUCAUGGCUGUUCUGCUAAUGCUUCACGGUGCCAAAAGUCAGUGUGCCAAAGAGCAAGGCAAGAUUAGAUGUAGGAGAGAUAGCUUUCGCCGAUCAUGACCCAAGUGUACGGAUGCAUGGCAGGUGAGUACAUGAACAGCCACAUUUCCCUGCCUCCAGUGCCCUGCUGUUUCUCUGCAUCCACAUAAUAUGCCAAGUAACCCAUACAUGUGUUUUUUGUGAUAGUUUUGUACGUAUAUCAUUUUCUCCAUUAACUGUAAAUUAUGCUGAUUUCUGAUAAUUUUGCACAUCUGUCUUAAUGUGAAUGAUUUCCCUGACUUAGCUGCACUUUAUAAGGAUAUUAUGACAUAUCUGCAAGGUUUGCAGAUUCAAGUCCCUAUGUGGAUAAUGUUGAAUUGCAGGUAGCGCAGAUGUGAAUAACUGAGCUUUUAGUGUGUGUGUGUGUGUGUGUGUGUGUGUGUGUAUACAUUAUAUAUAUAUAUAUAUAUAUAUAUAUAUAUAUAUAUAUAUAUAUAUAUAUAUAUAUAUAUAUAUAUAUAUAUAUAUAUAUAUAUAUAUAUAUAUAUAUAUAUAUAUAUAUACACACACACACACACACACACACACACACACAUAUGUAUACCACAUAUUGCAGGGGGAGAAAUAUGGGUAUGUCAACACAUUCUUAUAACACCCUAUAAUUGUAAUCUAAUCACAUUUUUGUGACAAAAACAUACAUAAAUGACACCAUAAGAAACUAUAAUGAUGAAAUCAACAAAACAUCUUUUGAGUAUUUUAUUGUGCAUGUAAGUAAAUCAGUGAACUUGGCAAAGGCAAUAUUUACAUUCUUACAUUCAUAGUUAAUAUGCAUACCCUUCUUUUCAUUAUCAAGCUCCAGACUUUACUCACCAUUUUGGUUGAAUUGUGAAAACAUUAAGCCUCUGAACCUCAAAUGUUGCUAUUUUUCCUUGAAAGUAGUUUAUCCAGGUUGUGCUGCCCAAUGACAGCACUCUUUCCUAUGCUCUGUUGAACAUUUCCAGCUAUAGUUUAAUUGUUUAUGAUGUCUGUUUAUAUUUUUCCAAAGCACCAACAUACAUCAGAGAAUGCAUGGUUAUCAAACAUCCCACAAUUAUUGUAAAAUCAAGUAAAAAUGUGAAGAACAUACUGUAAGUGGAGUGUAACUAAGGUCGGUAUUAUAAGACACUUUUGCUUCUCCAUCAGUAUUUCUAAAGGUCAAAAAGGGGAUUAAUUGGGUUUUAAUGAGUGUUUCUUUAGGGUCACAGUACAGAAGAAGGGUAAAACUACCACCAGGGUCAGAAAACUACUACUGGAAAUGCCCAAAACUCCUACAAAAGCUAUUGUCAAAUAUGUGUACUUGGGCAACAAAAUGUUUAGUAAUACAGCCCUAAGACUGCCGUGUGUGAUGCAGAGUUCCUGGUACAUUGCGAGAGUUAGCUAUUGCUACCGCCCAGCAGAUAAUAAAUGCAAUGCACACACUUCAUGAAUGUGAAUUGUAAGAUAAUAUACUGAUUUUUGUUAUAGAUUCAUUUGCUGCACUUUUGCAGUUUAAAUAAUGAGAUUCUUAUGCAUGUGUGUGUGUGUGUGUGUGUGUCUCUCUCUCUCUCUCUCUCUCUCUCUCUCUCUCUCUCUCUCUCUCUCUCUCUCUCUCUCUCACACACACACACACACACACACACACACACACAUUUAUACAAGGAAGAUUUUGAGAGGGUUCUGGCUGACUGUUAUGAUUCCUGCUCAUGAUCAGACCAUAGGUGAAUGACAUACACACACACACACACACACACCUUCAGAUUUGUGAACCACAGUAGAAUAAUACUGUCUGUUAAUGGCCAUAUGAAACAUUUUACUUUUAAAGUUUAUAGAAGCUUCGUGGAGGCAUAUAUACAAUGAUCUCAAAAAGCAUUAUUCUCAGCACACUACAAAAUUAGCAGAUGGCAACCAAUAUUUGUAUGUAAAUCCACAAUAAUGAGGCUACACAGAUCUUCAGAAUCAAGUCUGUACUUUGUGUAUAUACGUUAUGUUGUUCUCUGUUAAGUAAGAUUAGGUAACAGAGGAUAGAGAAUAAAAUAUAUUUGUCAGCCAUCAAACAGACAAUCACAAAGCCAAGAAAAGUUUAGGCUCUUUAUAUUUGGUUUCCUAUCACUCAGUGUAGGAUACUUAUCAUAACUUCAUAAUUAUAUGUUAACAGCCAAAACAAUAAUAAGUUUAAGAAACCAUUUCCUCUGACCUAAGUACUAAUUUUUCACUGGCUUAGGGAUGGUAGCGACAGACCAUAUUCAAUUGUAUGUAUAUUUCAUGAUCUAUACAGAUACAAAGCUUUGUUAAAUAUGAAAAUAGUAUUCUCUUGCUCCUUGAAAUUUCCAGACCUGUGAUUGGUACAUUUAAAUGAAGUCUCUUUGUGGGCUCCAUCUAUUUUUCUUUCAUGCUAUUAUAGUAAGAUAGAAUGAAGUAGGUAGGAUAGGGUCAUGAUAGUGUACUAUAUCCAGUCUUGUCCAUUGGAAACCUGAAGACAUUUGUUGCCCAUGAAAGGAGUGGUACAAAUUUUUCACAUUUCAUAGUAUCUGCACAUGUUGAUGUGAUAAUUUAAAACUUGUUUGAUGUUCCUGAGCAGAAUCUUAGAGCUGAUUAUAUUUUCACCUUGUAUUUGUUUCUAGCAACAGAAUGUAAGUUGUAUACUUAACAGCACAGUUAGUUUAUUGUGUGUAUGAAUAUAUAAAGCUAGUCACUUAUAUUGGCUUAACUGCUGCAUUAAGUGAUACAUAUAUCUAUCUGGGGUAGGAAAUAUUUUGUUUAUUUUAUGUAAAUAUAUUCUGUACAAACAUGUAAAUAUUUAGAAUGAGUCACACUACUUUGAACCGAUAACCAUAUGUGCGAGUGAAAAAGUCAUCCCUGCAAUUAUCACUGUAGAGAAAAGAAGACCAGUAAUAAAAGUGUAAUAAUUUAAUUAAUGAGGCCUUAAGUCAAUAAAUUACUAAUGCCACAGAUCAUUUAAAUCCCUUGUUGUUAUCUCAUUGAGCUUUUUUUGUGCAGAAAAGUUCACAUUGAGUGCAAACAGUCCACUGUUCAUUAUAUAAUCCAGUUCCCAUAAUAACUGUAGUGUUAUUGUAAAACUAUUUCUUUGUAGUAAAUUAUGUUUUGGAUAUCA